AUAUUGACGGUGUCGGUCGAUAACCCUGUGUUAUCGUUAUUUUUCUGCAUAGACUACUUCCUGGUUUAAAUUGUGACACAACAAAAAAUCAAUGGCAACUGGUGAUCGACUGUUAGUUGGGGCAAUAGAUUUUGGAACGUCAUUUUCUGGUUGGGCAUUCUCUUUUAAACAUGAAAAUGAAAGAAGUCCCCCAGGUGCAACCGUCAAAGUUUGGCAUGCAGGAACGAUAACCACAGAGAAAACACCGACGUGUUUAUUGCUGAAAGCAGACGGAACAUUUGAUUCAUUUGGCUAUGAUGCAGAAAAAAGAUAUGGAGAGCUCUCAGCCCAACAUCUACACUCGGAAUACUUCUUCUUCAGGCAGUUUAAAAUGAAGCUCUUUGAACCGUUUGGAAAGGGUAUUAAAAGAGAUAUGAUGAUACGUGAUGAGAUUGGAAAGCAGUUUCUAGCAAUAGAUGUGUUUGCAAUAUCGAUAAAAUACCUGGUAGAGGAUUUGAUUAAAAUUGUUAAUCAGCGAAUAACAGGCGAAUUAUUACCCACUGAUAUCGGCUGGGUAUUAACAGUUCCUGCAAUAUGGUCAGAUGCAUCAAAGCAGUUUAUGAGAGAGGCGGCGAUAAAAGCUGGCAUUUACAAUGACCAGCUUAGAGUUGCUCUGGAACCCGAAGCUGCUUCAAUAUAUUGCCGCCAUUUACCAGUAGAUGCAUCAACAAACGAGAGUAAACUAGCAAUAUCAAAUCUUCCGAUUGGUACCAAAUAUAUGGUUCUAGACGCAGGAGGUGGUACAAUCGAUAUCACAGUCCACGAGGUUCAAGAAUCUAACACGCUAAGAGAAGUAAGAGCAGCAAAUGGCGGUGCUUGGGUGGAAAACUUUGGUGAACAAAGCAUUUGAGGAAUUCUUAAGGGAAAUUGU